AAAAAGUAGUGAAAAUUAAGAUAAAAAUUGGGCAAACAAAUUCGUAGAAAAUCGCAUUGUUAUCAAAGACCGUUUAAUAGCACAUUUUCUCCACUCCCACACGUUAAUGCCGUGUGUGUGUGUAUGUGUGCACGCGCGCGUGUAACAGUAGCAGUUUCGUCAACUUGGCCUAAUACAUAAGUACAUACAUACAUACGUCGUCAGCAAAACUUCAACAUCAGUUGAUUGUGGGUGCUAGGUUAGAGAUGUUCCUGCAUUUUGGACAGAUACGAUGGAGCCGUUCAUUGGCUAUUGUGCUGGUGGCUCUGCAUGCGUUGGCCUUGUCCAGCGCAUUCUAUCUGCCUGGCUUGGCACCGGUUAACUUUUGUAAGAAGUCAGAUGUGUCAUCGACGUGCAAGUCAGAGGUUAUUUUGUACGUCAACCGACUAAAUACGGAAGAGUCUGUCAUACCUUAUGAGUAUCACCAUUUUGAUUUCUGUCUGGGUAAAGAGGAAAACUCACCAGUGGAGAAUUUGGGUCAAGUGGUGUUUGGCGAGCGGAUACGACCUGGACCAUAUAAAAUACAGUUUCUAGAGAAUAUUGAGUGCCGGGUGGCCUGCAACAAAACAUACAUUGGCAAUAAUGCGGACAGCGAUCGCAGAAUGAUGGUUCUAAAGAAAGGAAUCAGCCUGAACUACCAGCAUCAUUGGAUUGUGGAUAACAUGCCAGUUACGUGGUGUUAUCAGCUGGAGAACGGCAAGCAGUAUUGUAGUACCGGUUUUCCGAUGGGCUGUUUAGUGCGAACCGAUAGCGAGGGUUGCCCGAUUAACUCUAUUUACAAUCAGCCGGGUCACUACUAUCCAUUUAACCAUGUGGAUUUGGAGAUAACAUACCAUAGUGGUGCACGCGAAGAAUGGGGUGUUGGCUUUCAGGGUAGCAGCGGUCGGAUUAUAUCGGUGAAAGUCACACCGAAGUCAAUUAACCACGUUGACCCCAAGAAUCCGAAUUGCGUUGGCACUGAGCCCCUGGCCAUACGCGAAAGUUCACUGAAGGCAGGUGAAACCCUGAGAAUUGUGUACACGUACAGCGUAAAGUUUAUUCAGAAUAAUACCGUUAAGUGGUCUUCACGUUGGGAUUACAUAUUGGAAUCUAUGCCGCACACAAACAUUCAAUGGUUCUCUAUUUUGAACUCACUGGUCAUAGUGCUCUUUUUAAGUGGCAUGGUAGCGAUGAUAAUGCUGCGAACCCUGCAUAAGGAUAUUGCGCGCUAUAAUCAAAUGGACAGCGGCGAGGAUGCGCAGGAAGAAUUUGGGUGGAAACUGGUGCACGGUGAUGUGUUCCGACCGCCUCGGAAGGGUAUGCUGUUGUCGGUGUUCCUGGGUUCUGGUGUGCAGGUUCUUGCCAUGUCUAUGAUAACUUUAGCGUUUGCUUGUUUGGGUUUCUUGUCGCCUGCCAAUCGUGGCGCUCUUAUGACCUGCUCCAUGGUUUUAUUUGUGUCGCUUGGCACGCCUGCCGGUUAUGUGUCGGCCCGUAUUUACAAAAGUUUCGGCGGCAUCAAGUGGAAGAGCAACGUCAUACUCACUUCAAUUGUGUGCCCUGGAAUUGUUUUCUCGUUGUUCUUUGUAAUGAAUCUGGUGCUUUGGGGAGAAAACAGCUCUGGAGCUGUCCCCUUUAGCACGUUGAUUGCUCUCUUGGCUUUAUGGUUUGGCGUUUCAGUACCGCUAACUUUUGUAGGCGCCUAUUUUGGAUUCCGCAAGCGAGCUCUGGAGCAUCCAGUGCGCACAAAUCAAAUACCACGCCAGAUACCCGAUCAGUCGAUCUAUACACAACCGAUACCUGGCAUUGUUAUGGGAGGUGUGUUGCCCUUUGGCUGCAUCUUUAUACAACUCUUCUUUAUACUGAGCUCUCUCUGGUCGAAUCAAAUGUACUACAUGUUUGGAUUCCUAUUCCUCGUCUUUCUCAUACUCGUCAUCACGUGUUCGGAGACCACUAUAUUGCUCUGCUAUUUCCAUCUAUGUGCCGAGGACUAUCACUGGUGGUGGCGAUCUUUCCUGACAUCUGGCUUUACCGCCGUCUACCUAUUUAUCUAUUGUUGUCAUUACUUUGUCACAAAGCUCUCCAUUAAGGAUAGCGCGUCGACCUUCCUGUACUUUGGUUAUACAGCAAUUAUGGUAUUCCUUUUCUUCUUACUAACGGGCACAAUCGGAUUCUUUGCGUGUUUCUGGUUCAUACGCAAAAUAUACAGCGUGGUUAAGGUGGACUAAGAGAGAGAGCGGCGCGAAUUGUGUGUGUUUUGUAUGUGUUGCCACAAUUUACACUUAAGCAUAAUGUGUGUGAUUUCUGCGUUGUGCGUGCGCCUGGUUCGCUCCUGCACAGCCGGUUUUCUGUUUAAUGAACUAAUUGAUAUACUAUAUAUGUUGUAGUACGAUGCGCGCAAUAAUCUUUAAGUAUAAAAGAGAUGAGAAAGUAACAAUUUGUAUAGUUCUUUUUUCAACGAUGAAACGUUGCAAAAUAAAAAAGAAAUGGUUAAUUUUAAGCAAAAUUGCAACCAAUUGAUGAUUCCAAAACCCUGUAUUCUGCCCCCAUACUUUAAACCAUUGAGAAAGUACUAUAGUUUGAUUCUGUGUACUUUAAUUUGAACAUAAUUAAAUCAAAUAUGUAAUAUUUAAAA